AUGGCGGAACGUGCCUUGACCCGUGUCCAAAGCCUCCGCGAGAGGUUGGACGUGACUCUCUCUGCUCACCGCAAUGAGAUUGUUGCCCUGCUUUCAAGGAUUGUAAACAAGGGCAAAGGGUUUAUGCAGCCCCAUGAGCUUGUUGCUGAGUUUGAAGCAAUUCCUGAAAGUAACAGACAGAAGCUCUUGGAUGGGGCUUUUGGUGAAGUUUUGACACACACCCAGGAAGUUAUUGUUCUACCCCCAUGGGUGGCUCUUGCUGUGCGCCCAAGGCCUGGUGUUUGGGAGUACAUCCGUGUGAAUGUCGACGCACUUGUUGUUGAGGAGCUGCAGGUGCCUGAGUACUUGCACUUCAAAGAGGAACUUGUUGAUGGAAGUGCCAAUGGCAACUUUGUGCUUGAGUUGGACUUCGAACCAUUCAACGCUUCUUUCCCCCGCCCAACUCUUUCCAAGUCCAUUGGAAAUGGGGUUGAGUUCCUCAACCGUCACCUUUCUGCAAAGCUCUUCCAUGACAAGGAGAGCAUGCACCCACUGCUCGAAUUCCUCCGAGUUCACUGCUACAAGGGCAAGAAUAUGAUGCUGAAUGACAGAAUUCAUAAUGUGAAUGAACUCCAACAUGUUCUGAGAAAGGCAGAGGAUUACCUCUCCACAAUUGCCCCAGAAACCCCUUACAAGCAAUUUGAGGACAAGUUGCAAAAGCUCGGUUUGGAGAGAGGUUGGGGUGACACCGCCGAGCGCGUUCUCGAGAUGAUCCAACUCCUCUUGGAUCUUCUUGAGGCACCUGAUCCUUGCACUCUUGAAAAGUUCCUUGGCCAAAUCCCCAUGGUCUUUAAUGUUGUGAUCCUUUCUCCCCAUGGCUAUUUCGCUCAAGACAAUGUCUUGGGGUACCCUGACACUGGUGGCCAGGUUGUUUAUAUCUUGGAUCAAGUUCGUGCUUUGGAGACUGAGAUGCUUAAGCGUAUUAAGCAACAGGGACUGGAUAUCACUCCCCGCAUUAUUAUUCUCACAAGGCUUCUUCCUGAUGCGGUUGGAACCACAUGCGGUGACCGUCUUGAGAAAGUAUACAACACAGAGUAUUCACAUAUUCUUCGUGUUCCCUUCAGAACAGAGAAGGGUAUUGUCCGCAGAUGGAUCUCGAGAUUUGAAGUCUGGCCCUACCUAGAGACUUAUGCUGAGGAUGCGAUCCAGGAACUUUCGAAGGAAUUACACGGCAAGCCUGAUCUCAUCAUCGGAAACUACAGUGAUGGGAACAUUGUGGCCUCAUUGAUGGCACACAAAUUGAGUGUUACACAGUGCACCAUUGCCCAUGCCCUGGAGAAGACAAAGUACCCUGAUUCUGACCUUUACUGGAAGAAAUUAGAUGACAAAUAUCACUUCUCAUCCCAAUUUACAGCUGAUCUUAUAGCCAUGAACCAUACUGAUUUCAUCAUCACCAGUACCUUCCAAGAGAUUGCUGGAAGCAAGGACACAGUUGGCCAGUAUGAGAGCCACACUGCUUUUACUCUUCCUGGGCUUUACCGUGUCGUUCAUGGUAUUGAUGUCUUUGAUCCCAAGUUCAACAUUGUUUCACCAGGAGCAGACAUGAGCAUUUACUUCCCUUACUCAGAGAAGGAAAAGAGGUUGACAUCAUUCCACCCUGAAAUUGAAGAGCUCCUUUACAGCCAAGUUGAGAACAAGGAACACUUAUGUGUGUUGAAGGACAGGAACAAGCCAAUCAUCUUCACAAUGGCAAGGCUGGACCGUGUGAAGAACAUUACUGGACUUGUUGAGUGGUAUGGUAAGAAUGCCAAGCUUAGGGAAUUGGUUAACCUUGUUGUGGUUGCCGGGGACCGCCGAAAGGAGUCCAAGGACAAUGAGGAGAAGGCAGAGAUGAAGAAGAUGUAUGAGCUGAUUGACACCUACAAGUUGAAUGGGCAGUUCCGAUGGAUUUCAUCCCAGAUGAACCGCGUGAGGAACGGUGAACUCUACCGUGUCAUUGCUGACACCAAGGGAGCUUUCGUGCAGCCUGCUGUGUAUGAAGCCUUCGGCUUGACGGUUGUUGAGGCCAUGACCUGUGGACUUCCAACAUUCGCUACUUGCAAGGGUGGCCCUGCUGAGAUUAUUGUGCAUGGCAAAUCUGGCUACCACAUUGAUCCAUAUCAUGGUGAUCAAGCUGCGGACAUCCUUGUUGACUUCUUUGAGAAGAGCAGGGCAGAUCCUAGCCACUGGGACAAGAUUUCUCAGGGUGGCUUGCAGCGUAUUUACGAGAAGUAUACAUGGCAAAUCUACUCAGAAAGGCUCUUGACUCUCACCGGAGUUUAUGGCUUCUGGAAGCAUGUUUCUAACCUUGAUCGUCUUGAGAGCCGUCGCUAUCUUGAAAUGUUCUAUGCCCUCAAGUAUCGCAAGCUGGCUGAGUCUGUUCCUCGUGCCGAAGAGGAGUGA